AUGUCUAAGGAAGGAGAACGAACCCCUUCUACAACUUCUGUUGAGUCAGACGCCAAUUCUGUUCAGGCGUCUCCAUCAGGUUCAGUCUCUGAAGCGCCCAAGAAAACAAAGAAGUCCAAGAAAAGCACUGAGAGUAUGAACAAAGUCUACACCUCUGUGCUCAACAGCGUUUUUGGAGCGGAGAGAGAAUUAGCGCAGGCUGAGUUAGAUGAGUUACAAGAGGCCUUUAAGGAGUUUGACUAUGACCAGGAUGGUUACUUGAACUACAAGGAUGUAGCUGAAUGUAUGAGGACUAUGGGGUAUAUGCCCACAGAAAUGGAACUGCUGGAGAUAGUGCAACAGAUCAAGAUGAGAAUGGGUGGGUUAAUGGACUUUGAAGAUUUUACUGAAUUGAUGGGACCCAGAAUGAUGGGAGAGACUGCUGACAUGCUGGGACUCAAAGAGCUCCAAUCAGCCUUUGUCCAGUUGGAUGUAGAUGGAGAUGGAAAGAUCAACCAGGAGGAGAUGAAGGAGGCGGUCAAGGGCCUGCUGGGGGAGAAGCUGAAGAAAGGAGAACUGGAGGAGAUCCUAAAGGAGUUAGAUAUUAACUCAGACGGAAACAUUGACUUUGAAGAGUUUGUGAUGAUGCUCUCCAUUCGCUAG